CAGAGAUUCGGCUAGAUCGCGCCUAGCGCCGGGGCCACUGCCAGCGAUCAGCUCGGGGAUUAGCCGGGGAUGAUACAUCACAUUCCCUCCUCCUUCUCUGCUCUCUUUCUAUCCCUGUUCUACUCACAUCCAGACUCACGUCCAGGAUCAGCAUCAUCUGAGGGCGGCUGACCGAGUGCUCCUCGGGAGUCCCGUUCUUCUUCAACAAUGUCGCUAUCGUCUAUCUUGAAAGCGGCUGAUGAGGGCUCACGAUAUCGUUCCACCUCGUAUAUAAUACAUCCCUGCCCCUCCCCCUCCUCCCCCUCCUUCUCCACCUCAUCAUCACCAUGAGCGACGUGCAAUCCCCCACCAGUCUCGCCUACGCGAAGUCCUUCGAGAUCAAAAAGCUAGACGACGAUGCCCUACGCGUCCCCCUCGCCCACUACAAAUCCGCCUUCUUCACCCUCCCCUCAGACUCCACCGUCUCCACCACAACCACAACCACCUCCACCGCCGCACACCUAAAAACCCAACUCUUCUCUCUCUGGCAAACCCACACCCCCGUCGUCAGCCUCAACGUAUCCCGCCUCAAGAACGCAAAGUCCCGCGAACAGUACGCCCGCAUCCUCGCGCAAAGCCUACCGCUUGACAAAGACGCGAUCGAGCAGCAAAACCUCUCGCUCAAAGUGAAAAACAACCCGCUGCUGGUGACGCUCAAGCAAGUGUUUGCGAACCUCUGGUACGCGGCCAAUCUCGGGCGCAACCUCGUCGAUGGCGCGGAGAUCACGCAGACGAUGGAGGACGUCACGACUGGGACUUGGAAAGAGCCUGAUCUGGACCCGGAGAAUGAUACAAGCAGCACGAACGUCAAGGUCGCGCAUAUCGGCUGGAUCGCGUUGUUUUGGCCGAUCUUCCUGGUGGGCUAUAUCCUCGUCUACGGGACUAUCUCGGCCGUGCAGCUGCUCUAUGUGUUUUUGCAUCCGGCUGUGAAGAAGAAAGUCGCAAAGCAGCUGUGGGCGGAUAUCAAGAGCACAGACGAGCUGGACAAUUUCUAUUACAAGAAGGCUGCUGAUAAAGACAGCGAGACAAGCAAGGCGUUGAGGGAGGCUGUUGACAAGUACUUUGAUAAGAUUAGGGCGAUUAUCAAUUAUAAGAGCCCAACCAGUACCGACGAGGGAAGCGACGAUACUCUCACCGCCAACACGACGGCCUCUACUUCCACGACGGCCUCCACCACCACCCCCACCCCCGACUUCUCCUUCAACCCCGAUCCGCUAAACUCGACCUCGCCCGCCGCAAACGACCUGCUGAAAUGGAACCUGACCGCCGCGGACUUCAAGGGUCUUUACAAGCUCACCGACGACGAGAAGAAGAAAGUUCGUGAGGAGAUUGACUUGAUUCAAAGGAUCUUUUUGAAUUCGCAAAAGGUGAGGUUUAGUCAGAUUAGAGAUCGCUGGGCGAUGCUGGGGUUGGGUAAUACCCCUGCCGAUGGUGACGCUACUACUGCUGAGAAAUACUACACGACUUAUCAUAUGCUCGUGCAUGAUGAUUCAAUCUCGGGCUGGCUUGCCAAAUUUGCGGAUCAGAAGACUGCCAACUUUGCGGAUGGGAAGACUGCACCAAAAGCUGCAAGCAUGAAUGCGCCUUCCCCCACCUCUACUAUUCACUCGUCUGCAUCGAAAACCGGGAGUACUGGUGCGCCUUCCUCCCCCAGCAGUGGGGAUACCGUCGGCAGCAACACGAUCGCUGAUAUUAGCAAGGUCGAGAAAGGACUGGGCACCCAGCCAGGAGAUUUGAGCGCCGACGAAGGGCAAUCUGAUUCCACCCGCGGAAGCGCUGCAGCUGAUACUCUCGUAACGACUACUACCCCUGUCGCUGAUCCAGCGGCUUCCGCCCCCGACAUUGCUUUGGCUGGUCUGGUCUGCCGAAUCGCAUUCAACAGCCUGACAGCCGUGAAAAAGAUCCCCACGACCCAAGAUAGCGCCGCCCCCUCGAGCGUGCCCCUCGCCGCCCCCACGCGGACGAUCCACAAGACCCUCUUCUCGAACGGCGACAUCGACGAAUUCCUCGCGACCACGAUCCCCAACUUCAUCACCCCGCUGAGCAUAGCCUGGGGCGCGAGCAGCACGAUUCUCGGCUACGUCAAGAGCUCGGCGUACUCCGCCGAGGCCAAGACGCGCGCGGGCUACUUCUUCUCCGCGCUCUCGCUCUACUCGACCUUCAUCGUGCAGAUCGGGUUCGCGUACACGCACACGCUCGUGUUUGGCGACAACUUCAAGUCGACCGGGUAUAUCCCCACGCUGAGCAAGAACGUGAGCAGCACGAACUGGUACGUGUUUGACACGUACUAUACCUACCUCAGGCGGCAGCGCAACUUGCUCGCGGCCGCGCUCGAGAAGGCGGAUACGGACCUCGUGUUUGAUGACGACUCGGGGUUCACGGACGCGAACAGCAAGAUCACGCUUGCGCUGACGACCGUCGUGUGUUCUUCAAUCUCCGACAUCGUGCUCGAGUCGAUCGCCUACCCAAUCACCUCCUCCUCCUCCUCUACUACAAGCACAACGCAACAAGACCUAAUCUACCUCGUCCCGGGCGACACCGACUUCAUCGUCAAAAAGCUCGCAGACAAGAACCAAUUCGGCCUCUCGCUGCUUUCCGUCCUGCGGUUUUUCUCGCUGCAGUGGGUUGGCUAUGCUGAUACUAGCGUCCACCAGUUUACGCACUUUGAGGUCGACAAGGUGUCGACGAAGAGUGAGGUGGCGAAGGAGAAAAUGUUGGAUGGGCAGUGGGUUUAUGUUAAUUGCAGGGCGAGUGCGAGUGCGAGUGCGAGUGCUCAGACUGCUUCUGCUCAGAUUGCUGCAUGAGCUUUCGUCUGCUGGUUUUUGAGACUGCCUUGUUUGUCGAAUGUUGAUGCGAUUGUUCAUUGUUGUUUCUAGCGUGAGAUAUGUAGGCAGUAACGUCUUGUGUGGCUGUAGUUUGGAUAGUUUGUUGAAUUUUGUAAUGUAAUAGUAAUAGUAAUAGUAAUAGUAAUAGUAAUAGUAAUAGUAAUAGUAAUAG